UUUUCUAUGAAGAUCAUUUUGUCCUUUUCUAGAGCAACGAUGAUAGCAAAGUUGCUAAUUUUAUUUUCGCUGUUGAACAUUUACACGAAAAUUAGUGCUGAACAUUUCGACUGCCACCCGGAGCCGAACGCCAACGCCGAAAGAUGUUCUAAGCGAAAUUGUGAUUGGUGCCUGCCUAGCAGCGGAAACGGAUGUGUCAAGUGGUGUAACUUCCCUCAAGAUUACCCAUCCUAUGACGUCACAAAAUGGACGGAAACGUUGUUUGGUUACGAGGCUGACCUGGUCAGACGAUCCAAAUCUCCCUGGCCGAAUGACGUUCAAAAGUUGAAGUUGAUGGUUUGGUUCGAGACUGAACAUAGACUGCAUUUCAAGCUGACAGACGCGGAGAACAAGAGAUACGAGGUGCCCAUUGAAAUGCCGGUCCCACCGACAAUCAAACCCCCCAUGACCGACUACAAGGUCGAAUAUUCACCUUCACCUUUCGGCCUCAAGGUCACCAGAAAGUCCAAUGGAGCGAUUUUGUUCGAUUCCAUGAUUCCCAACGCUCCACUCAUCUAUGCCGACCAGUUCCUCCAAAUGACGAGCCGCCUAUCAACCGAAAUGCUCUACGGCUUGGGAGAGAAUUAUGGACCCCUGCUCAUAAACGCCAGUGAAGCUAGGACGUUCUACUUCUGGGCCAGAGACCAAUUCCCUGGAGAGCACACGAACUUGUACGGCAGCCACCCCUUCUACAUCAACAUCGAACCAGACAAGAAGGCUCACGGAGUCUUCCUACUCAACAGCAAUGCCAUGGAGGUUGAAAUUCAGCCGAACCCGACCUUAACGUACCGAACGAUCGGUGGCGUCCUCGAUUUUUACAUCUUCCUCGGUCCAUCCCUAGAAAAUGUCGUCCAGCAGUACGUGCAGACGAUCGGAAUUCCGGUGAUGCCGCCAUACUGGGGACUGGGCUUCCAGCUUUCGAGAUGGAAGUACAACACGAUUGAGAACUUGAAGAGAAUCGUUGAUAGGAACAGGAAAUUAGGAAUUCCCUACGACGUGCAAUGGGGUGACAUAGAUUACAUGCAGAACGAGAAGAUAUGGACAUACGACCAGCAGAGGUUUCACGGCCUGCCCGAAUACAUUGAUGAGCUGCACAAGGACGACAUCAAAUACGUCAUCAUCAUUGACCCAGGAAUAGCCGACAAGUACCCGGCAGGUUCCUACCCAACGUACGAUGAGGGUAUCAAGAAGAAUAUUUUCAUUAAAGAUCAUACCGGAAAUAGAUUGUUGCAAGGAGAGGUUUGGCCAGGAACUACGGUCUACCCUGACUUCACGCACCCCAACACCACUGACUGGAUGUACGAAGACGCCGCCAUGUUCCAUAAGAUCCUGCCCUUUGAUGGGUUGUGGAUUGACAUGAACGAGCCAUCAAAUUUCGUGGUCGGAUCAACCUCGGGCUGCCCUAACCACCCCCUCGAUAACCCCCCUUACAUUCCAAAGAUAAAAGACAGAAGCCUGGUAGUUAAGACAAUCUGUUCAUCGGCCCAGCAAUACCUCUCCACCCAUUACAACCUGCACUCACUCUACGGACUUUAUAAUGCUAUCGUUUCCGAAAAAGUUUUGAGGAAGCUGAUGAAGAAGCGUGCGUUACUCGUAUCAAGAUCGACAUAUCCGAGUCUCGGCAAGUAUGCUCAACACUGGACCGGUGAUGUCGGUUCUUAUUGGAAAGAUUUGUACUAUUCCAUCCCUGGAAUCCUGUCAUUCCAAAUGUUUGGCAUUCCAUUCGUUGGCGCUGAUGUGUGCGGCUUCUACCACGAUUCGAACGAGGAGCUCUGCGUCAGGUGGAUGCAGCUGGGCUCUUUCUAUCCAUUCAUGCGGAACCACAAUGAUGGAGAUAGUAAGGACCAGGACCCAGGAGAAUGGAGUGCAGCCGCCCAGCAGAUAAUGAAGAAGGCCGUCGAAACUCGCUACACACUCCUUCCAUUCAUGUACACACAGUUCUACCUGAACCACCUGGAUGGCAGUCCAGUCGUCAGGCCGCUAUCUUUCGUUUUCCCGCACGAUGAAAACGUGUACAAGAUCGACAAGCAGUUCCUCUGGGGCACUUCACUCCUCAUUAGCCCAGCCCUUGAGAAGGACCAGACAGUCGUAAGGGCCUACCUGCCAAGAGGCCUGUGGUACGAAUACAUACCGGACGGAGACAAACACAAUGUGAUCGACAGCUGCGGAUCUUAUUACGACUUACAAACCCCUCUUGAAAAAAUUAAUAUUCAUGUGAGGGGAGGAGCCAUCAUUCCCUGGCAACAACACGCCCUUACUACCACCAAGACUCGCAAGAACCCAAUCAACUUGCUGGUGGCUUUGGACGCGUCUGAACGGGCUGCAGGGCAGUUGUACUGGGACGAUGGAGAGAGUCUAGACCCGGUGGAGAACAAGAUAUUCACGGUUGUCAAAUUCAACGCCGAUAAGGGCGUGUUGAAAAGCCAGUUAGAGCAGACGGGCUACCAGCCAGCGGAGAAUGAAUUCCAGUUGGCCUCCGUGAAAGUUCUAGGCGUGGAGGCUGAGGUGAAGAGCGUGAAGAUGAACGGCAAGCUGCUGGAGUUCAGUUACAAGGACGAGGCCAAGGAGCUGACCAUUUUGAACGUGAACGUCAGUUUGAUGGAUGAGUUGAACAUCACCUGGGCUUAAAAUGUCCUCGGAAUCAUAAUGUUUCAUCCUAGCAAUUGACUAUGUAAUGACCAUUUUUAAACAUUUCCACUUAUUUUAACUUUUAUUUUUCAAUUUCUUGAUUCAUCUCUUGUGAUUGCCAGAAUUUGUACUAAACAACACAUUAUUGUUGCAAUAUUUUAUGAUUAAUUUUGAUCGUUUUUAAAUAUUUUGAAAAUUAUUAGUUAAAAUAAAAUCAACGAGCAGAGAACAAAUGUCGUUUCCUUCAAAAUUUAAGUUAAAUUUUUUCAAAACUUCCUAAUAUUUUG